CUGUGGCCGCGUACAGACUUAUGUAGAUGCACAAGAGCUCAGAGAGUGAAUGAAAAAAUAAACUCGUUGCAACUACACAUAUAUUGAUCAGAUAUUUAUGCACAAAAGAUGUACCGAGGUACGUCAAACCCGGACUAUCGCCGGCCACCGGUACCCCCGUCAGGGUUCGGACACCCCGCAGCAUCUUUUGGACCUCCGCCAUUCUGCUCUCCUUUCGGGGUUCCUCCGGGGCCUCGGUACUGUUCUCCUCCGCCCGGUCCUCCUCCUCCGGGACGCCCGUACGGAACAGGGAAUGACAACUACAACAGGGAAUCCUUUUACGAGAACCGACCCUUCACCAGCCCCACUACUGACCAAAGUGGGUCCACGCUGAUCAGCUCUCUGCUCACACCUUCAAAUCAAAAUCAGAUUGGUCACUCUUCUCAAAACUGGUCAACCAAAAGUAUAGAUGAUCAAAACCAAGAAGUCAGGAAAAAGGCAGAAGAGUUUCUCCGAAUCCUGAAAGCAAGUGACCGCAUUGAGCUGCCAGGAGAUAAAAAUGACAGUGGCACAGGAGACAAGCAUCCAAGCCAAACGCGGAGUCGGAGCAGAGGGAGGAGCCGUCCACGCAGUCGCAGCAGGAGUCACGGAAGGAGCCGGGGUCUUAGUCAAUCUCGGAGUCGUGGAAAGAGUCGUGCUCGCAGCAGAACACACAGCCGUAGUCGCAGCCGAGGUAAAAGCCGCACAAGGGCCAAAAGUCGUGCAAGGAGCCGUAGCCGCAGUCGUAGUCUCGGGAAGAGCGGAGCGCACAGUAAGAGUCAGUCACGCGUGAGCCCCAGCCAGACAAAACAGUCUUCCAGAGGGACUGUUGAAGGCUCUGUCAGCACCAGCAGUGGAAUAAGUCUUGGUGGUAGUGCCAUGCCUGAUCAAUUUCAUGGACUAAGACAGAUCCUACAGAACAAAGAUCUAGACAAACACCUGCCUUUGGUCAAGAAUGCCCUCCUUAGUAACCAGAAUACUGAUGACACAAUGGGAAUGUUUCUGGCAAAUCAGUAUGCAGUUAGAGGCUUCCACAACCCAGAACCUGAAAUCUCUGCUGAACACUGCUAUGGUUCCCUGCUUCCUCACGAGAGGGCUGGCGGAGACAGCGGCAGCUUUUCCAAUAUCUUAUCCUGGAACACACCCAACCAGCAGCCUGAAACCAAGCCUGCAUUCCAGAGUGUUGAAGAUGAAGAGAAAUUCCUAUAUGGAGAGGAAGAGGAGCGAUCCAAACCUCAGGCUGUGACGGUUCCGUUGGCCCAGACGAGAUCUGUGAGGUCUCCGGUUCAUCAUCUUAGUAAAGAACAGCAGACUCUCAGUCUUCAGGAACCCAAAGUGCAUGCCAUGCCUGCUAGCGUGCAGCCCGCUGCUUCUGGCACCACAAAAGUCUCUCCAGAGGAAUGCGAGAAGGUGAGAACCCUCCUGAGGGCCAUUGGCCUGAAUCCAAGCAUGUCUGACAUCUGUAAAAUGGCUGCCAGACUAAAAGAAAAAAAGGGAGAACAAGGAGUUCCAGCCUCGCUCUCGAUGCUCAAACCAGCCCUGGAGGCGUUGCAAGCACUGUCCAGAGCAUCCAAAACAGAUGACAGUAGGAGUAAUCGCUCUGGAAGCAGCCAUUCUCAUCAAGAGUCCAAGCGUGAGGAGAAGAAGAUGGAUGAGAAGGAGCGAGACACACGAGAGAAACAGAUUCAAAAGAAAAGGAAGGAGUACCUGGUGAAGGAACUGGAGGGUCUGCUGAAACAGGAAGGUGGGGGUGAUUUGAUCCCGGUGAUAGGUUUCUUCUGCCAGCGCUGUGAGGAGUUCUUCAGCGAUCUGAACAGUGCAGAGAGACAUGUAGAAAGUCACAGCCGCAAGGACAGGAACAAGACAACAGGGUCACAGGAGCAGCACAGGGAUGCUAAGAGACAUGAAGACCAGCAUCACUCAUCAUCUCACAGACGAGACAGCACACACAGUAGGCCUGAGAGGUCGACAUCCUCACGGGUCUUCCAGGACCAGAGGGAACGCAGUCCUGACAGAAAGCACCCCAGAGAUGAAAGAAGCGCUCAUUCUACAGAUAUCAAACUCAAAAACGAGCCAGAGGGCAAAGACUGUAAAGAGGAGAGUAAAGACAAAUACAAAGUGAAAAAGGAAAAAACUGUUGGCGACGAUGAUGCAGAAUCAACAAAGAGUGAGAAAAAGAAAAAGAAGAAGAAGAAAAUGAAGAAAAAAGAAAAGAAGAAAAAAAAGGACAAGAAAAAAGCAGAGGGUGAUAAGGAUUCACCUUAGUCAGUCUACUUCUAAAAGCAUCAGCUGUAGCUGCACUGCAUUUCAAUCAGCAGUCACUGGUGAGUCUUCUCUGGUUGAAGGCCUAAAUAUGAUGUAAAUGUUGUUAUGCAUCCUGUAGAUGAUACUCCAAUCGCAUACAGCUUCACGUACAUAGAGACACUUUUAGCAUGUUACAUUUAAAUGCGAUCAACCAGAGAUUUAAAACCUAAAACUCCAGAACUUUCUAGAAAUGUGCAGACAUUCUGGUCGUAUAUCCAGCCCAACCAUUUGUCAUUGUCCCAUAAACAGUAUUCCACACACCAAACAUGCUGCAGCGUUCUUGCUCUGAAGAAUGUAAACAUUCAUAGUAGGAUUGAAAAAGUUUAUGCAGUAAUAAAAGGUUUUUGGAUUAGAGAUUGGU